AUGAAUCCUGAGAAAAGCAUAAUCUGCAUAGCAGGACUCAAACCUACCUCCACUCCUCGCCUCGCUGUUUGUUUCCACCUCCGCCGACACGGAAGAGGGCGACCCGCCGCCGGAAAGCCACGGAACGACGGCAGGUCAGUUGGAGUUGUGAGCAGCUGUAUGCAGAAAUCCAAGGAGGAGAAGGUGGACAAAAAUAUUUUUUUAGGCAUAGCCAUGGUUAAGAGAAAAUCCAAGUCUUGUUCUGAAAUCAAGAAGAAGAAACAGCGCAAUGCAUAUGAGCAUGCACAAUCCUUAUCUUGUGAUGAAGAGUUUUGGGAUAAGGAGCAGCAAGAGAUGUAUCUUCAGAUCUAUAAGAAAGCGGAGGUGUUUGCGCAUCGAUCUGUGCACUUGUCUGAUAAUAUUGACACCAAAUAUGAGAAACUUGGUCUCAAGGGUAUGCUUAGUAACAGUUCAACUUGGAAAUGAGAUAAUGAUACUGUCCGGAAAUUCUACAGCACCCUUUUCAUUGAUUCCGAUCGGACGGAAAUGACAUUUAUGAUCAAUUCUAAGCGUCGUCGGGCUACAAAGAAAGAUCUUGAAGAAGCCUUGUGCAUCAAGCCUGUGGAUGGAAGCGUUGUUUUGCACGAUUUCACCAAGUGGGACAGAAAUGAACUUUCAUGUCUGUAUGCUGAGCCUAAUAUGAUGGUCACUAAGAAAGUUUGUGAUCUUAAGCCUGAAGUCGACUUGAUCCAGAAGAUUAAUCGAUGUACUCUUUUUCCCAGAAUAGGAAAUCGAGGUGCUUGCGGUGACAUCCUUCUCAGGCUCACUCGUGCUAUUUACACAGAAGCACCUUUUGAUAUUGCCAAUUUCCUCCUUAGUGAGAUGUGCAUUAUCAUCGAGGAUCCAAACCAUAAGCUGCCUUAUGGGCCUUACAUCUUUUCUCUUCUGCGUCAUUUGAAGAUUAUCAAUGAUGAGAGUAUUGGUGAGACAUGUUCUCUCAGGGCAUACAACCCACUGGCUAUGAAGAAAUCAAAGAAAUCAGUUAUUGUUCAGCUUGAAAAGAAGGUGGAGUCACUUUUGGCUACCUUUAUUAAAAGGAUGGAUGAGUUGGAGCGAAAAGUUGAGGAAUUUGAUAAGAGAAUAAAGGAUGUUGAGACGCUGCUGAAGGGCUCCUCGGAUAUAGUCUUCAGGCGGAGAGGCGGCAAUUGACGCAUAGCUAUCACCUUAUCAGAGUAGCUGCUAUUAAGCAUUAGCUAUAUUCUCGUAGCAACUAUGAUAUAUUUUGUAAUUGUGGUGUGAAACUAGCUUGAUGGGUGUUGCUUUUGGGUGGUCUCCUGUUUUGGUUGGCCUUUCUGUGAAACGUGGGAGAGUUAAAUCAUGACGUGGAUUGGAAAUUUAUAACCUGUGAACUAA